AUGGCUGCAGAGAGCCCCAUGGAAAGUCUCCAGGAGGAAGCCACCUGUCCCAUCUGCCUGGAAUAUUUCACAGCCCCUGUCACUCUGGAGGAUGGGCACAAUUUUUGCCAGAUCUGCAUCAGCCAGUACUGGGAGGGAGCCGGCCCCACCGCCUCCUGCCCUCAGUGCAGAGCAACCGUGCCACAGAGACCCCUCCGGCCCAACAGGCAGCUGGCAAACGUGGUAGAAAUAGCCCGGAGGCUGAGUUUGCAGGACGCAGGUGGGGCCGGGGUGUGCAGGGAGCACCAGGAGGUGCUGAAGCUGUUCUGUGAAGAGGAUCAAACCCCCAUCUGCGUGGUGUGCGACAGGUCCCGGGCUCACCGCGCUCACACGGUGGUUCCUGUAGAGGAGGCUGCACAAGAGUACAAGGAGAAAUUUCAGGCCCGUUUGAAGACUCUGAGGGAGGAGAGGGAAAAGCUACUGGGAUGGAAAGCGACAGGAGAGAGGAGAAGCCAGGAGUAUCUGAAACAGACACAAGCCGAGAGGCAGAGGAUUGUGGCCGAGUUUCAGCAGCUGCGGCAGUUCCUGGAGGUUCAAGAGCGACUGCUGCUGGCCCAACUGAAGAAGCUGGACGAGGAGAUUGGGAGGCUCCAGGCUGACAAUGUCCGGAAACUCUCCGCGCAGAUUUCCUGUCUCAGCCAGCUGAUCGGGGAGCUGGAGGGGAAGUGUCAGCAGCCAGCGUGUGAAUUCCUGCAGGAUGCCAGAAGUGCUUUGAGCAGGUGUGAGACGGGGCAGUUCCAGCAGCCCGAGGAGAUUUCUCUUGAACUGGAAAAACGAAUCGGUGGUUUCUCCCAGAAAGCUACUGCCCUGUCGGAGAGUCUGAGGGAGUUCAAAGACACUCUGCCAUUUGCCCUGGAGGGAGCAAGAGGAAAAUCCCUAGGAGCAUUCAGACAGGUGACUGUGACUCUGGAUCCAGACACGGCUCAUCCUGACCUCGUCCUGUCCGGGGAUCGGAAAGGUCAGCUACUAGAAGUGGGCCUCA